AUGAUAAAUUCACUAACACUAUUUGUAACUUAUAUAAAAAACUUUAAAGUUCUAAAUCAAGUAAGAUGUGCAUCACAAGUACUACCGCAAUUUUCAUCGGAAAAAUACAAAGUGAAAAGAAAGCCAUUCGGAACCAUAGAGGCGUCGGAUGUAGAUUACUUCAAGACAGUUUUAAGUGAAGAUCGAGUCUUGACUGAUGAUAACGAUGUCUUGCCGUUCAAUAUAGACUGGAUUAAAAAUUGCCGAGGGCAAUCAAAACUAGUGUUAAAACCUAAGACCACACAGGAGGUCUCAACAAUUCUGAAAUAUUGUAAUCAGAAGCGUUUAGCAGUAUGUCCGCAAGGCGGGAACACAGGCCUUGUUGGAGGAUCUGUCCCGGUGUUUGACGAAAUUGUACUUAGCUUUAUGCUCAUGAAUAAAAUAAUCAGCUUUGACGAAAUAUCGGGAGCACUGAUAUGUGAAGCAGGAUGCAUUUUAGAGAAUUUGGACAAUUAUGUGAGAGAACGUAAUCUCAUUAUGCCUCUAGACCUUGGCGCAAAAGGCUCAUGUCAUAUUGGCGGAAACAUUAGCACGAACGCAGGGGGGCUCCGAUUGCUUCGAUAUGGAAAUCUGCACGGUUCCGUGCUAGGAGUUGAAGCUGUAAAAGCUGAUGGGACUGUCAUUGAUUGCCUCAAAUCUUUAAAGAAGGAUAACACUGGAUAUCACCUAAAACACUUAUUUAUUGGAUCUGAAGGCACGUUGGGACUUGUAACAAAAGUAGCUAUUCAUUGUCCUGCGCUACCAAAAGCUGUUUCAGUGGGAUUUUUUGGUGUCGAGAAAUUCGAGGAUAUUCUUCGUUUAUAUGCAAACGCCAAAUCAUCACUUGGAGAAAUUUUAUCAGCAUUCGAAAUGGCCGACAACGACUCUAUAAGUUCGACAGCGAAGAACCUCAAACUUCCAAACCCGAUAUCCGAUUACCCAUUCUACGUGCUCUUGGAGACGCAUGGCAGUGACGAAGCACAUGACUCCGAGAAACUCACUCGAUUCCUUGAAAAAGAAAUGGAGAGCGGUUUGAUCUUAGACGGAACUGUCACUUCGGACCCAGCUAAAAUGCAGACGAUUUGGAACCUGAGGGAGAACAUAGCGGCUGCAGGGCUUGUAGAGGGCUAUAUGUUUAAAUACGACGUGUCACUACCCCUCAGGAACUAUUACAGUCUCGUGCCGUUAUUGAGGCAAAGAUUGGGCGCGAAGGCAUCAAGAGUUUAUGGAUAUGGACAUGUCGGUGAUGGUAACAUUCAUAUCAAUGUCAUUGUACCCAAGUAUAGUCCGGAAGCGUCUUCCAUGCUGGAGCCUUACAUUUUCGAAGAAGUCGCAAAGUUAAAAGGCUCUAUAAGCGCAGAACAUGGCGUUGGUUUCCGGAAGCCGCAAUUUAUUCACUACAGCAAAGAUGCAAAUGCACUUCAAUUGAUGCAACAGUUGAAACAACUUAUGGACCCAAAUGGAAUUCUCAACCCCUACAAGGUGCUGCCUGAAAUUUAA